GCCCCCCAACCCUUUUGAUGACCAAACUAAAAACCAAAAGAGUAGCUAUAUGAUACUGCCAAACUUAGUACCCACCACUUCACCUUCCUUCCAGUUUUUCAUCUCAUCACUCAAUCUCCUUCUAAUUCCCCUUCAUUAUAUACUCAUGUAGCUACCUUAAUUCCCAUCAUUCUCCUUACAAUCAAUUCUCCAUACAAAUCAAGAAUUUCAUGCCCUAAACAUUCAGCUUUCCUCAUAGCUAGUUAUAGCUGAUCAUCAUCAAUCAAAUUCACACUCAAUUUUCUCUUUUUUGGUUGAGAGAAUUAAUUAAAUUAAUGGAGCAAACAAGAUAUUGGAUGUGGACGAAGAGGAAACUUGAUCAUUUUGGGUCACAUCCUGUUUUUACAUCACAAAAUCAUCAUGCUUCAUCAUAUGGUGAUUCAUGGGAAGAGCAAGCUUUUGCUGAAGAUGCAGCUGGAGCUCUUGGAGGUUCUUGUGUUUGGCCUCCAAGAUCUUACACUUGUACUUUCUGCAGGAGAGAAUUUAAGUCAGCUCAAGCUCUUGGAGGCCAUAUGAAUGUCCACCGCCGAGAUAGGGCUAGGUUAAAGCAAUCUCCCAACCCACAAAAUUGUACUGAUCAUGUUCUUCCUCAUCACAGCCAUACUAUGCAGUUUCCGCCGCCUCCGAUUUGUGGCACUGCUUUAUUGCAUAAUCAUAGUUCCAAGAGUUCUGAUCAUCAACCGGUUAGGGUUUCAUCAUCAUCUUCAUCUCCACCGACAAAAGUAGGUUUAGGUUUGGAGGAGAAGCUUUUGAACUUGAACCCUCCAUUCUUUUCUUCAUUAAUCUUGUCUGAAGAUUAUCCCAAUAGUAAGAGGAAUAAUAUUAUGUCACCACCCCAAACUUCUUGGUCAAACUUGGUUGCGGACAAAUGCUUUCAUGGCUCAGAUUUGACAAAUACUGGAGACAAGAAUCUCAAGAUGUCCAAAUCAAAUAUUGGUGGUAGGGCUAAUGAAGGAGAAGAAGAAGAAGAAGAAUAUGUCAAAGCCGAUUUGUCGUCUGUAAGUACUUUGAAUUUGCUUCUUUGUCGAACAACCACCCCUGAUGAGGAUGAAGACGUUUUCCCAAGUUGUAAUAAGAGACGGAAGAUAGAUCAUGAAACUUCUUCAAAUGAUGACAAUUUCUUACUGAUGAAAUCCGGUCCAGUAGAAAGGUGUAAAAUUCUUCCCCAGUCAGAAAAUAUGCCUAAACUACUCAUGAGCCCUAACUCAAUAAGCGACUUAGAUCUGGAGCUAAGGCUUGGUGAUCCACCAAAGGUGUGAAGUAAGACUUGUGAAUGGAUUAUUUUCAUGAUAACAAUUUAUAGGUUGUUUUCUUAUAUGAAUCUAAUGUGUGUGGUUAUUGUUCUUCACUUUGUCAGUAAGAUAUUCUAAGAUUAAUUUCUUCUAUAUAUCAAAGUUGAAUAUACGAGUGCAGUUUCUUUUCAAUCUUGCUCUAUCUAUCUUUGUGUUGG